GAGGUGUUGUCGCCGUUGGCUCCGCGCUCCGCAGCCGGUGCGGAGGAGGGGACAGCCCCCGUCAGGCGUCCCGGCAUGCUGAAAGUCACCAUGCCCUCCUCAUCCUCGUCCUCCUCGUCCUCCUCGUCCUCGUCCUCCGGCUCCUCGGCCGGCGGCCGCCCCGGCUCCGCCGCGCCCGACUACUGGAUCGAUGGCUCCAACAAGGACACCCUGGCUCACUAUUUCGAGCUGGAGUCCGAGCUGGGACGUGGGGCUACAUCCAUUGUCUACAGAUGCAGGCAGAAAGGGACCCAGAAACCUUACGCCAUCAAAAUGUUGAAGAAGACAGUAGACAAGAAAAUUGUCCGCACAGAAAUUGGAGUUCUUCUCCGCCUUUCACAUCCAAACAUUAUAAAACUGAAGGAGAUAUUUGAGACCCCUACAGAAAUCAGUCUUGUUCUGGAAUUGGUCACAGGUGGAGAACUAUUUGACAGGAUUGUGGAAAAGGGUUACUACAGUGAACGAGAUGCUGCUGAUGCUGUUAAACAAAUUCUGGAGGCUGUUGCUUACCUGCAUGCAAAUGGGAUUGUGCAUCGGGACUUGAAGCCAGAAAAUCUACUCUAUGCAACACCAGCUCCAGAUGCACCACUAAAAAUCGCUGACUUUGGACUUUCUAAGAUUGUGGAAGAUCAGGUGACCAUGAAGACGGUUUGUGGAACUCCAGGGUACUGUGCACCAGAGAUACUGCGCGGAUGUGCCUACGGCCCUGAGGUGGACAUGUGGUCCCUGGGAAUUAUCACCUACAUCCUACUUUGUGGCUUUGAACCAUUUUAUGAUGACAGGGGAGAUCAGUACAUGUUUAAGAGAAUCCUGAACUGUGAAUAUGACUUUGUGUCCCCCUGGUGGGAUGAUGUGUCUCUGAAUGCCAAGGAUUUAGUUAAAAAGUUGAUUGUUUUAGACCCCAAGAAACGCCUCACCACUCUACAGGCUUUGCAGCACCCAUGGGUCACAGGGAAGGCAGCAAAUUUUGCACAUAUGGACAACGCACAAAAGAAACUUCAAGAAUUCAAUGCCCGGCGUAAACUUAAGGCUGCAGUAAAAGCUGUUGUGGCAUCAACACGUCUUGGCAGCGCCAGCAGUCACAGUGCACACGACAGCAACAAGCCCAGCCACAACCCAUCUCCCGUCCUCAGUGGCAAACCUGAAAAGAAACCCACUCAGGAAGCAGAAGCAGCUCCAGAGGAAAUGUCUUAGGUCGAUAUGCUUCCUCAUGUCAAUGGAGGUCUGUCAUUUCACACACCAGCUAAUUUGUCAUUCAGCAAGGAGAUUCGUAAGCUUGACCUCUCUGGUUCUGCUUUGGGGUGCCAAAUACUCUGGCUGGUGAUCCUACCUUCAAUGCAUGUGACUGCUUAUGAAAAUAGUAAACUGUUCCAUAAGGCAUGUCAUGGAAACAGUGUAAUUUGCAGUAAUACCGGCAGGUGAAAAUAUGGGGAUGAAUAACUACCUACCAUAAUCCGUAUGCUUCAUAUACAUCUAUCUAGAUGGCAUUUGAAACAAAAUGUUGUUUCAUUUAAUUUUAUGGAAGUAGUUGUCUUAUAUGUGUUGUGAGUUUCUUUGGACUGUUUCUUUCCAGAUCCAUAGUCCUUGAGCAGACAAAAUGGAAGGAAAUACCAAACCAAUGCUUUUAAAACUGAUGUAUGAAAUAAUGCUUUUUAUCUGUAAAAUUGAAAAAGUAUUUGGGGAUUUACGUGCAAAAAAACCAUUCCACUACUUCUGGGAAGAAAUUGAAAUGUUAGUUCCACUGGGAGUGAAAAUGUACAUUGCUCAAGCUUGCAUUGAGAAUGCCUUAUUCAGAUUUUUCCUGUUUAUAUACAAUAUUUUAAUAAUAACCAAAAUUACUCAGAUUUCUGCCAUUUAAUUCUGUAGUAAAGUGUUAG